AUGACGGUCCUGAAAGAUAUAAAAAGUGUAGCGGUAAUUGGUGCAGGUCCGGUGGGGGUAGCAUUCGCUAAGGCUUUAAUAAAAGAGAAACGUUUUGAUCAUAUUCAAGUGUUCGAAAGAUCAUCUAAUUUUGGAGGCCUAUGGAAUUAUACUAAACCACUUUUUAAGAAUAAUCCACAAACUUCCCUUCCUUCUAUACCUUCUGUUUCUCCUAAUGUUAGAGAAGAACGUCAGGUGUAUAAAGGUAGGGUGUCCUUCCAAACUCCUGCAUAUAAGUAUCUGACUACAAACACUCCGAAAAACUUUAUAGAAUAUAAUGGUUACAGCUUUCCAGCGGAUACGCCAUUAUUUCCCACACGCCAACAUGUAUUUGAAUAUAUGGUGCAGUUUGCGAACACAAUUGAUUCUUAUGUCAACUUUAACUCAGAAUUGGUAAGCUUGCAGUUCCUCGAUGAUGCUAAGCAGUACGAAUUGCACAUUAAAGAUUCAGUAAAGUCAACAUCUAGUAUAUAUCAUUUUGAUGCGGUAGUUCUGGCAGUGGGAUUUCACAAUAUACCUUAUGUUCCCAAUAUAGAAGGCGUCUCUGAGUGGAACGAUAGGUUUCCGGGGUCAAUCUCUCAUAGCAAGGACUUUGACCAACCACAGGAUUUCUUGGAUUCACACGGAAACAUACUUGUGAUUGGAAACUCUGCUUCAGGAGUAGAUGUGGCAUACGAGUUGGCGACUUGUCUCAAUAGGCCAAUAUAUAAAUCGAAACGGUCAGAGCCGCAAUUACCGGGUGCUACAGACCCCAAUAUAAAGGAUUUCCCAAAUGUGAAGAAGUUUGACCCUGCAAAUAAGACUGUGGAAUUUGUCGAUGGCCAGAAGUUGUCUAAUGUAGAAAAGGUUAUCUUCUGCACCGGUUAUCUCAAAUCAAUGUCUUUCCUGCCACAACCUACUGAAUCUCAUGGACAUGGUAAUCAAAUCUUAAGUCGUUUAAUCUCUAAUGGAUCCCGAGUCGAAAAUUUAUACAAUCAUAUGCUUCCAAUAGGACUACCUUCUCUUGCCAUUGCAGGCCUGCCUAAGUAUGUUCUUCCAGUCAGAUUAGCGGAAUCACAGGCUGCAUGGAUAACAAGAAUUUGGAGCGGCCGUAUUCCUGUCCCAUCGGAAAGUAUACAACGUAAGUAUGAUCUUUGGUGUGCAGAGAAUAACGGAGAAGGUACGAACUAUCACGUUCUAUCAUUUCCAAAAGACGUACAGUAUUGUAUGAGACUGAAUAAAGAUGUACGCCAUGCAGGUUACGGUGGAUAUUUUGGUGUCGAAUGGCGAGGUAAUGAUAUAAAACUGAGAUCCGCUAUGAAAGCAGUGAAGAUUUCAUACUUUAAAUAUCAACAAAACACUGGUAAAUGUGCUACCUCUCUUAAAGAGCUUGAAGACAGCGGCUACUUUGAGUGGCCUGCAGAUGCAAUAUCUUGUGUCCAAGUUCCGACAUUUGCACCAUAA